AGGGCUCGAUGGCAUGCCGAGUUUGCGCCGUCCGGGGCUUCCUCCCACUUCUCAUGCUCGAUAAAACGCUGUAAGGGCUUUUCACCCUGCACGAUACUCCUGUUUCCCUCGGAAACCGAGGCGAUAUUUUACAGUCGUGGUGCGAGCGGCCGGUGAAAAAUGCGCGGGGCGGUACAUCGCCGAGAACAAAAAUCGAUAAUGGACGAGAUGCGAGUUUCCAGUAGUACGCGCGAAACGCACGGUGCAACGUGUAACAUGCUGACGGUGCUGUCGAAACGCGAGAAAAUCAGCGACCAACGCGCGACGGGAGCGUCUGAACGACGACGCCGUGAUCGCGAGUGCCGCAGCUCCCGAUUAUCGACCACGGAUGCAGGCCCGCCAUGGUCAAGGCGCAGCCGCGGCCCAGGCGCGGUCGUCGCGAUCAAAGCUGUCGGACUUCUUCCACCUCUGGGUCAACAACAUCCGACUGUUCUACUCCUGGGGCAACUUGGAAAGCUUGACACCAGAGCUGCCUAGCACGAUGGGCAAUCUGCAGAGCGACAGCAAGAAGAAACUGAAGAGGAAGGAGCCCGCGACGGUACCAACGUCCACGUCCGCGGAUGAGCUCGAGACGGCCGAGGACCAGAGGAAAGAUAAGCGGGACCAACCACCCAAAGUUCCGGAGAGGCGCGACAAAUCACGCGAGCCGACUGAGAUCAGUUUCGAGAAGGUGCACACGCCGGGACACGUCAAGAGACAGGCACCGCCGCCGCCACCGACGGUCGUGUUAUCUAAGGACACGCAGGAAAGUGUAGAGCCUGAAUGUCGCAAGGAUACCGCAAUAACGGCGAAGCCAUGCGUAACAACGACGGAGCCUUUCCGCACGAGUACCACGACGCCAACGACGACACCGGCCCAGACCCCGACAACACCGCAGACAACCCAGCUGCCACCACUGUUGGUGACCGAUUCAUGGCGUUUGGCAAACAAGGGUCUGGUUGUUACGGAAAUGCCGACGCCACCCAGUCAAGAGUCCUCGAGCGACAGUGUCUUUACCGAUCCCGGCGAACUCACCAUGAGUCCAGUCACGGCGGCCACGAGACCGGAAGUGAUGAAACAUAAACCGAUCCCGGAAACCGACAAGGAGGCUGAGAAGAGUUCGUUCACGAUCUCGAAGCACAAGAAGAUCCAUCUUUCAGUAAUGAGUCCCCGAAGUACAACGUCGAGCGAGAAAAGCGCAAUAUCGGUGCCGAGUUUCAGCACUCCGCAGAGGCGACAUAGCGUCUACGAGUCGUCGACAAACGAAGGCAGAGUGCUGAGAAGAGUGGCCAGCAUGACUCUGGACCGAAAUAGCACGAAGAAAAGAAGGAAUUUCAAGAAUAUCAUCGGCCAGAAAACGGAUCGUCAGAAACAAUCUAAAGAACAAGAAUUACCAAUCUCUACGAUCUCUGCCUUAUCGAACAAAGAUGUGAAGAAGAAUUUUACAUCCCUGAUAGAUCGGACAAGUACUGGCACGUUGGCAGAUGAGCCUCUUUCAGCUCGAACUAAAUCGAGCCAAACCUGCUGCGAAUAUUCCACCCUUGAAGAUGUUCAUUCGUACGAGGAAGAGGUGAAGAAACUGAGAGAUGAGCUUAAUCGUUUGCGUGAGAUAUCUAUAGAUCGACAAAUAAAUACCAAGGGACAAUCUACUCAGACCUCACCGAGCAGUUUAUCAUUGGCUGAUGAAAAUGCCAGUGAAAGAAAUAAAUUGGAUACUAGUAGAUCAACGCUCAGUGACGUUACGGAUCUCGACCAAGUUAAGAUGACUCUUCUGCUUUCCUCCACACCGACUGACAAGGUCGAUCGGUCGUGCUUAUCGCAUCAGACCCACGCAUCUAGCGAAGAUCUGGCAGCGUAUCCAGUACCAUUACCACCUCCAUUACCAUCAGAGACAUUCUUGAAAAACUUGAGAUCUACAUCGACGACAUCAUUCAUUCCGCCGCCUCCACCGCCGCCGUCUCCGUUCAUACUUGCGACCGAAUCGGCCCGAAGUGGCGACGAAAGGACAGCUCCAUUAUCAACAAAAUUAACGGACGUUUCUAGAAUGUCAGUACCACCACCCCCACCUCCUCCCAUGCCGUCCCAAAGUAUUAUAAGUACUUUUCCACCUCCGCCGCCUCCUCCACCUCCGCCACCAUCCACGCCGAUGUCAAGCACUACGAGUACGAUCCCUCCACCUCCGCCUAUGCAGGCCAUCAUAAGCGCGAUAUCUCCGCCGUCUCCUCUACAAAAUAUGAUACCUCCUCCACCACCACCACCUCCGCCGCCACCUCCACCUCCAUUUCUAACCGGACCGAUCCAGACUAUUGAGAGUGGUAUACCUCCUCCUCCACCGCCACCUUCUCAAAGUGCACCAUGUGACAUGUCUUCGUCUAUGCAAAUUACCAUGACUGGGAUACCUCCUCCACCGCCGCCGCCGCCUACACCGAUGUUAAACACAUGCGGGAUACCACCACCACCACCUCCUCUGCCGCCUUCCUUCGUGUCAGAUGCUAUUGGCGCGGUGCCUCCACCGCCACCUCCGUUACCUGGAACUGCGCAGACUGGUCCACCACCUCCACCACCGCCGCCUGGUAUGCAGGGUGACAUACCUCCACCACCUCCACCUCCCAUCGGAGAUUCAGGUGCGGGUCCUCCACCACCGCCAAUGGCACCGCCGCCACCCCCAGGGACAAUUGGACCUUGCCCUCUUCCUGCACCACCGGCCGGAGGAUGGAAUCCACCGAGUAGAGCUAUUAUGAGAAAGCAACCUUUAAAUCCUGAUGUGCCUAUGAAGCCACUUUACUGGACGAGGAUUUUAGUGCCAGUCACUUCGGCCAGUCAGACUUCUGUAAACACUACAGAUUUGUCACCUCAGGUGCCUCUGUGGUUAGAACUUGCGGAAGAGAAAAAUUUAAAUAUGAAGGAAUUUGCCGACUUAUUUUCGCGGCAAGUAAGAGAAAAGAAUCUGGCGGGAAAAAAAAUUGACGGGAUAUCCAAAAGUUCAAAGAUUCAACCUGCAAAAAUACUGGAUUCGAAACGUUCAAAAAUGGUGGGAAUUCUUGAAAAAAGCUUACACAUUGAUUUUAGCGAGAUCGAGAAUGCGGCCUAUAAUUUAGAUACAAGUGUUAUCAGUUUGGAGGCGUUGCAACAAAUUUAUGAAAUCAAACCCACGCAGAAGGAAAUAGAAGAGAUCGCAGCUCAUGAAGCAACUUAUCCGGACAUUCCUCUCGAUCAGCCAGAAUUAUUUCUCAAACGGUUAUCUGGCAUAAAACACUUCUCUGAAAGAAUAGCCUGCCUGAUGUUGCAAUCGGAAUUCCAGGACGCGAUUUCGUCGGUCUCGUAUAAGCUGAACAACGUGCGAACUACCUGUGAUUUUCUGAUCAACUCCGAGCCUUUAAAGAAAGUAAUGGCCAUUAUAUUGACUCUGGGUAAUUACAUGAACGGCGGAAAUAUGAUGCGCGGACAGGCCGAUGGCUUCGGCUUGGAAAUUCUUGGCAAAUUAAAGGACGUGAAAUCUAACGUACCCGGCAUCACCUUGUUGCACUAUGUCGUCAAUGUGAAAUUGUCCCAGGAAAAGGAGCAUAACUUCGAAGAGCCGUUGCCUUUACCUGUGCCUGAACCGGCUGACGUAGAAGCCGCAUCUACGAUCAAGUUCGAUGAUAUCGCUAAAGAACUCGAUAGAUUGGACAAGGAGCUACAAGCAUGUUCACAAAUGUGUAGUACAAUUGUGGAAGCAGAUCCAGCUACAUCCAAAAUAUUUAAGAAAAAAGUAGAUUCAUUUGUGACGAAAGCGAAUAUCGAAUUAGCGAGUGAAAAAGAAGAUUUAUUGGAGGCUAAAAACAAAUUCAAAGCUGUGAUGAAGUUUUAUCAAUUUGUUCCUAAAGGCUCCACUCUGGAAACCGCAGAACCCUAUGACUUCUUCAUUCUGUGGCUUGGUUUUUGUCGAGAUUUUAAGGAUAUCUGGAAGAGAGAACAGCAGCGAAUACGAAAGGAACGAAUGGAGGAAAUUCGCAGAAAGUACGAGAGUAAAUCUGAUGUCGUAAGAGUAAAAUUAAAUCCGCACGGAUUGAAAGCGAAAUUACAGAAACUUACAACUAAAAAACAAACCCAAAGAUAGUCUUAUCGAAGUAUUUAUAAAUUAAUUAUUAAAAGCUUUGAUUAACAGUAAUAGACACACUUAUAUUCGCUAAAUUCUAAAUUUCAUAAAUAAUUUUUGUUCUCUGACGUUCGAAAGGAAUUUAGCUGUAUAUUAAUUUCUAAUUUAUAUUUGUUCAUUAUUUUCGAAUUGAAUCGAGAAUGAUGAUACCGUAACGUAUGAAUUUUGUACAAAAUAGGUUAUUUGCACAAAUUAUUAGAUAAAUUAUUCCAUUAAAAAAUCCGUUUUUACAAUCCUUCUUACGAAAGUCUAUUACAAACUUUGCAUUUCAAAUCGCGCAAUAGGAAAUGUCGCUUUUCAGAAAUAGAUCUGGAAUUGCUCAAAAGCAAAAUAAUUUUAUAGUUUAAAUUUCGAUUAAUCAUUACAGAAACAUUUUGAGAAAUUCACGCAACGAAAUGCGAUCGAUUUUGAUCCAAGUACGAUAAGAAUUGCUGGUCGCAAAACGUCCUUAAGCAAUCAGUUGAUAAGAUAGCUGAUCUAUAUCAUAUGCAAGUUAUAGUUGUUACAGACUGAAAUGUUAACAAAACAGUAAUAUAUACUUAAAUAGACUAUUUGGAUUUUAUUAAUAAUAAAUUACUGACCGCGUUAUAAAAAUAAAUAUUGACAACAACUUUACGGGUAUUACUUAUGAAAGCGUUUCAAUCUCUAUAUUGUUUUGAGUGAUUUAGCAAAUGCAUAUUAAAGAGUGUUCAAUAACACAAGGUUUGUUCUUUUUAAUUGUAUUUUCUUUCAUUGUUUGCAUUCAACAAGCAAACAACGCAAGGCUCUAAAAAAAUUGUAGGAAACUUUAGAAAAUACAACUAAAAGGAAUACCUGUACUAUAAAUGUCUAUGAUGA